CCGCUUUCGCCCACAUCCAUCUAGUCUGCGUACGUUUGUCCGCGUGGUGGCGCUCUACAUCGCACCAUUUCAAGCGGUGUGUUCAUUCAUUGACCCAUGUCAAUGAAUAAGCGAUCGUUUCGCGCAACUGCGCGUGUCGUCUGCAACUUUAGUAGUCUGCCAUCGCUGCAACUUUAGUGGUCUGCCAUCGCUGCAACUUUAGUGGUCUGCCAUCGCUGCCAUGGACGAGGAAGAGGAAAUAACGUGGAUACUUUUAGCCAGUUGCUUUCUGGCAAUGGAAGAGGAACAACGGAAGGAGCGGCCACCUCGGAAGCGGCGAUGGUGGGUUCGCCCGGCUUUGCAAGAGCGCGAGAAGUUGGGUCACGCCAACGCUUUGUUGCCGCACCUCAGGUCCCGCGACGUUGAGUACUACCGCGACUAUUUGAGGAUGCCGCCGCGAAGUUUCGAUACACUUUUGGAACUCGUGGCGCCUAGAAUAACGAAGGCGAACACGAGGUUGCGCAAGGCCAUUCCGCCAGACCACCGCCUAGCUCUGGCUGUGAGAUUUUUGGCAGCUGGCGAAACACUCAGGUCGUCGUCGUUUAAUUUCUUGGCUGGACGUUCGACAGCGUGCAUGAUCAUCGCCGAGGUCUGCCAAGCAAUUUGGGAUAUCCUUGGUCCACUUUAUGUUAAAUGUCCGUCAUCCGCAGUUCAGUGGCUCAAGGUUGCACAGGAAUUUGAGGAAAAGUGGAACCUGCCUCAUUGCAUUGGUGCCAUUGAUGGCAAACACGUCGUCAUUGAGUGCCCCGCCAAGUCAGGAACACUAAACAGAAACUACAAGAGUAGUUUCAGUAAAUCAUUGCUUGCGAUAAGUGAUGCAAGUUACAGGUUCCUAUAUGUUGAAAUAGGACACUUCGGCAGCGAGUCUGAUGGAGGCGUGUUUGCACGCAGCAAGUUCCAAGAGCUCAUUGUAGCAAACCAACUUGGAAUACCCGAAGACUCUGAGAUGGGCAGCAUUGGAAUGAUGCCCUAUUUUUUUGUUGGAGAUGAGGCUUUCCCUCUAAAGACCUUCAUGAUGCGGCCUUAUUCUCGCAAAACCCUUCAACCACUGCUUGUCACCACAGCUGAUUCAAAUCAGUCCUUUGAAGAAAAGCACCAGAGGAGAAUAUUUAAUUAUCGCCUGAGCCGAGCUCGAAGGGUAGUCGAAAAUGCCUUUGGCAUUAUGGCACAGAGGUGGCGGAUCCUGCGACGGCCAUUUAAAGCAAAAGAUGACAAUGUCAACAGAAUUGUCUGUGCUUGUGUUACGCUGCACAAUUUUUUGCUUCACGAGUCGCCUGCAUCUCGGGCUGCCUACUGUCCACCUGGCACCGCCGACUGCGAGGAUUGGCAAGGGCAAGUUACAGAAGGCAGCUGGAGAGCCGAAGAAGGCAGCAGGGAUGCUUUGUCUACAUUGCGUGCAACAGGCUUCAACUCAACCAGGCAAGCCUAUGCUGUGAGAGACAAGCUCUGCCAAUAUUGCAUCUCUGAUGAUGGCAGGGUCCCCUGGCAAGACAGCAUCAUCAACACCACCGCAUAGAAAGUUGUGUUUCAAGCUCUGCAUCUGGUGCACUCUCUAAAGUUUCUGGCACCAGCAUUUCUUCCACUUCAUCGGCGGCACCUGUUGCUGCAGCAUCCUCGGUGUCUCGACUUUCUGCU